AUGGCGUGCUGCGGCACGGUGACUGAUGAGAAGAAGAAGGCGAUGUUUUUGCACCUCGCCGGGCCGGAAGUGCAAGAAAUUUUCUACGAUGACCCGGACCAUGAUGCUGCACUUCCGAAUGGAUCGGAUGUUUUCAAAGAGGCGGUCAAUUUGCUGGAUAAGCACUUCGAACCAGUGGUUUGCAUCCCUCAUGAAAGAGUAUUGUUCCGACGCAUGAAACAAGAAGGCAGUGACGGGAUUGAGCAGUUUGCGAGAAAGUUGCGUCAUCAAGGGAACUUGUGUGACUACGGAGGUGCUCUGGACAUGCGAAUCACGGAACAGAUCUUCGACGGCUCGACGUCGGAUGCUCUUCGAGAGGCGAUUUUGAAGAAGCGGCUGGUGGCGCUGAAGGACAUCCUGGAGGAAGGAAGGAUAUUGGAAACGAUUGAGCUGAAUAAGCAGGAGGCUGUCGCUUCGACGUCGAACGGACCUGCAGCAGUGAACAAAGUGGAUAGUGGAAAGUGUUUCCGAUGUGGCUCUCUGGAACAUUUUGCGAACUCCAAGAAGUGCCCAGCUCUCAAGAAGAAAUGCGACAAAUGUGGACUUGUUGGACAUUUCAAGCUACAAUGUCGCACGAAGAGCCACACCGCGAAAACGAAGAAGAAGAAAGUGCGACAAGUGGAUAGUUCCGACGAAGAAGAUUCGGACGAAGACAAAGUCAGCGAUGCCGACAGUGAUAACAGUGAAGUGCUCCAUAUUUUCUCUACAACGAUGAAGCAAAAUGAAGUAGUAAGGGAGAGCUCGAAGUACAACACGAAGAUUUCGUGUUCGGUGGGAGGAGUAAAGCUGAAGUGGACGGUGGACUCCGGAGCGUCAGUCAACGUAAUCGACGAAGGCACUUGGGAAUUGCUGAAGAAGAAAGGUUGUAAAGUGAGCUACGAGAACAACGAAACCCGCAAGAAGCUGAUGGCGUACGGCAACAAUCGGCUGGACGUAAAGGGUGUUUUCAAGGCGGACAUCUCGCACGGGCCUAAGACUGUACAUCGGGAAAUCUACGUAAUUCGUGGUCACGGAGCUAAUCUGUUGGGAAAAACGACCUCGAUAGAUUUGGGCGUGUUGCAGAUCAAGUCUGAAGUUUCGCAGGUGCAAGAAAGCAAAACACCAGCUUUCGGAAAAGCUAAAGGCGUGUCCAUCGUCGUCGAGUUGGAUCAGCAAGUUCGCCCUGUACAGCAGCCCUGCCGCAGAUUGCCGAUUCCCUUGCAAGCCGUCGUCGAAGCGGAGCUGCAGAAGCUCCUGGACCAGGAUGUGAUCGAGUAUGCGCCGAACAAGGUCACUUGGUCAUCUCCGCUUGUCGUGACGCCGAAGGACGGAGGUCGUAAAGUAAGGCUCUGCGUGGACAUGCGACGCGCUAACACUGCUAUUGUCCCGCAAAGAUAUCCUCUCCCGACAUUCGAUGAAAUCAUGCCCUACCUCAACGGAUGCAAGUAUUUCUCAAAGAUCGACCUCACGCAAGCAUUUCAUCAGCUGGAACUACAUCCGGAUUCUCGGGAAAUAACCACAUUCGUCACGCCGAAGGCUUACUUUCGCUUUAAGCGACUGAUGUUUGGGAUGAGCAUCGCAUCGGAGGUUUUCCAACGAGAGCUCGGAAACAUGCUGAAAGGGCUCGAGGGGGUAAAGCACUUCAUCGACGAUAUUUUGGUCUUUGGCCGAACUCGAGAAGAGCACGACCGCCGGCUGGCGGCGUUGAUGAAGCGGAUCGAGGAGUGCGGACUAACCGUGAACAAGCUGAAGUGCCAGAUUGGUCAAACGAAGGUCUCAUUCAUGGGACAUCUGCUGUCGAGUGACGGAAUACUGCCAAUGGAAGAGAAGGUUAGUGCAAUCAAGUCAUUCCGGCGACCGGAGUCAGCCGAAGAGAUUCGGAGUUUCCUUGGUUUGGCGAACUACGUCGGAAAGUUUAUCCCGAAUCUUUCCUCGAUCAGCACUCCGCUGAGGGACAUGACGGUGAAGGGGGCCAAGUUCAAGUGGACGAAACAAGCCGGAAAAGCGUUCACGUCCAUUAAAAGUUCUCUGUCAAACCCGCAGCACCUGGGAUUCUACAGUCCGGAAAGUGAAACAACCCUGGUGGUAGAUGCAAGUGCCACGGGACUGGGUGCUGUUCUCCUGCAGACGGACAACGGUCAGCGAAGGGUGAUAAGUUACGCGAGCAAAAGCUUGUCGAAGACCGAGCGCAGGUACUCUGUUUUGGAUAAGGAAGCGUUGGCGAUUUACUGGGCGAUCGGCAGAUUCGACAUGUACCUGCGGGGAAAGUUUUUCGUAGUGCUGACUGAUCACAAGCCGCUGGUCAAGAUUUUCGCUACCGAAUCAGCUCCGAACGAACGACAGCAGCGCUGGGUGUUGAACCUGAUGGGGUACCGUUUCCUAGUACGACACGUUCCUGGGAAAGCGAACAUCGCUGACCCUUUGUCGCGACUCGCUCAAAGCGAGGAGGCACAAAACUGCGACAAGGACUGCGAAAAGGAUCUGUGCGCCGUGGUCGAAAGUGCGUUGCCAGCAACUCUGACAAUGACGGAGUUGAUCCAAGCGGCGGAAGAAGAUGCUGAAACAUUCAUGCUGCGUAAGGCGAUAAGAACAGGAACCUGGGGUGACGACAUGAAGCGGUACCGUCCAUUCCAAAACGAACUCUGCUACGCCAACCAGGUGGUUCUACGGCGCAACAAGAUCGUCGUUCCGCAAAGUCUUCGGGAAAGAGUUUUGGAUCUAGCACAUGGUGGUCACCCGGGUAGCAGCAAAAUGAAACGUCGACUGAGAGCUGCGGUUUGGUGGCCUGGGAUCGAUCAAGACGUUGACAAACGUUGCAAGCAGUGCCUGGAGUGUCAAGCAGUUGGGAGCGGACCAAGUCCUGAACCGUUGUGUAUCCAAGAAAUGCCAUCAAAGCCGUGGAGUCAUUUGAGCGCUGACUUCCUCGGUCCACUACCAAACGGCAAGUACCUGUUCGUCCUGAUUGAUGCCUACAGUCGCUACUGUGUGGUGGAAGUAAUGACCAAGAUCACUUCAGUUUUGGUCAUCCAGCGCCUUGAGCGAAUUUUCACUCGGCUCGGGCUGCCGGACAUUUUGAAGACGGACAACGCAACCAACUUUUGCAGCCAGGAGUUCAAGGAUUACUGUGUGGACAGCGGUAUCAAACUCACCCACACAACACCGUACUGGCCAGCUGCGAACGGUGAAGUGGAGAGACAGAAUCGAUCCAUACUGAAGGCGCUGAAAAUCGGACAAUUGAACGGCGAGAACCUGGAAAAGGCGCUACAAGAUUACCUGUACAUGUACACGGUAACUCCACACGCUGUGACCGGGGUUUCCCAGCGGAGUUGA